GACCAUUUAAGCUGUGCUCCGGUGGCCUGUCGAUUUGCUUCACCCCGUCAGCUCUCUUUCCUUCCUUCUCCUUCCUGAGAUUCCCAAAAUGCUGCGUUUGCUUGCUUCUUCCUUGUUUCUGUGCGUUGCAUCUCAACUGGCCGCAGCUUUCACAGAUGGCUUGCUUCCCAAUGGCAACUUCGAGCUGGGGCCGAAGCCGAAAGAGAUGAAGGGCACGCAGGUGAUCGGCCGCAACGCCAUUCCCCAAUGGCAGAUCACGGGCUUCGUGGAGUACAUCCAAUGGGGGCAGAAGCAAGGGGACAUGCUGCUGGUGGUGCCCGAGGGCUCCUACGCCGUCCGCCUGGGCAACGACGCCUCCAUCAAGCAGAAGGUGAAGCUCUCCAAGGGGAUGCGCUACUCGCUCACAUUCAGCGCCGCCCGGACGUGCGCGCAGGAGGAGCGGCUCAACGUGUCGGCCUCCCCCGAGUCCGGUGUCCUCCCUAUGCAGACCAUGUACAGCAGCAACGGCUGGGACUCCUACGCCUGGGCGUGGCUGGCCAAGUCCGACGAGGUGGAGGUGGUGAUCCACAACCCCAGCGUCUCCGAGGACCCCGCCUGCGGCCCCCUCAUCGACUCCGUCGCCAUCAAGCAGCUCAUCCCGCCCCGCAGGACGAACACGAACGUUCUGAAGAAUGGGGGCUUCGAGGAAGGGCCGUACAUCCUUCCCAACACCACAUGGGGCGUCGUCAUCCCUCCCCACAUCGAGGACGACCACUCCCCGCUCCCGGGGUGGAUGGUGGAGUCGCUCAAGGCGGUCAGGUACCUGGACGCCGACGACUUCUCCGUCCCGCGCGGCCGCCGUGCAGUGGAGCUCCUGGCGGGCAAGGAGUCGGCCAUCGCGCAGGUCGUCCGCACCGUCCCCGGCCGCCGCUACGCCCUCGCCUUCGCCGUGGGCGACGCCGGCAACGCCUGCGAGGGGUCGCUGCAGGUGGAGGCCUUCGCGGGGGAGCACACCAUGAAGGUGCCGUACGAGUCCAAGGGCAAGGGCGGGUGGAAGCGCGCGGUGCUCCGGUUCACGGCCACCGCGGCCCGCACACGCGUCGUCUUCUGGAGCUCCAACUACAACACCCGGAGCGACGACCUCAGCUCCCUCUGCGGGCCCGUCCUCGACGACGUGUCGCUGGUCAGCGUCCGCUACAGGAAGCUCGCGUGAGGGCGUCGCAUGGAUGCCGAAGCCGCCGCCGCCACCACGAGCGUGCAAUUUGCCAUCAAUUCAUUAUUUUGUGUGCUAUGCUCAUCGCAUAAACAUAUAUAUUGAUUGCAAGUGCUUUAUGAUGUUAUAUUAUUUGGGAUGAGCCACAUAAAUUAAAGCACCAUUUAAGGAGACUAACCAA